AUGGCCGCCGCAUCAGAGUGGAAAGGAGCGGGCCAUGCGUCCAUCACGGAGCCCAUCAAGGACCCUAAUGCCACCCGAUUCUCCCCAUCCAGCCCCGGCCCGGAUGCCAACGUCCCGGAAAUAAGCCCGGGUGUCAAACGCAUCGAGCUAAUCAACACACAACUUGGUCUCUACGGGCGCAUUUGCAUGUUUGCAGGGAUAUGGCUCAUUGCCUACGUUUACGGUCUUGAUGGUGGAGUGAGGAAUACUUACCAGCCCCUCGCAACCGCAAGCUACGGAACGCACAGUCUUCUUUCAACGGUGCAGGUUCUUCGCAAUGUCAUUGCGGCCGCGGCGCAGCCCACGGCAGCAAAAAUCGCGGAUAUGUUUGGCCGGGUCGAAUUGAUUUUCUUCUCUGUGUUUUUCUAUACGCUUGGGACCGUAAUCGAGACGGCUGCGAAUAAUGUUCAGACUUUCUGCGCCGGCGCGGUGAUUUAUCAAGUCGGGUAUACUGGGAUUAUGUUCCUAGUCGAGGUGUUGAUUGGAGAUACGACUUCGACCCGAUCGCGUCUUCUGUUCUCUUAUAUCCCGGCUACGCCCUUUAUCAUCAACACCUGGAUCGGCGGGAACCUGACAGACGCCGUACUCAAGGUGACGAGCUGGCGAUGGGGGAUUGGAAUGUUCAGCAUCAUCUUCCCUGUCUGCUCAAUCCCCCUCUUCCUAACCCUCCUCUACGGCCACACCAAAGCCAAAAAGCUCACCGCAUACCCGAGCCUCAUCCAGAUCCAGGGGGCGAAGCGAUUCGCCCUCGACAUUUUCUGGCGCAUGGAUGUACUUGGUAUUAUCCUUCUCAUUGCCGUGUUCGCGCUGAUCCUCGUGCCCUUCACGCUGGCUGGCGGCAGCUCGGAACAGUGGAAGCAGGCUAAGAUCAUUGCGCCGCUUGUUAUUGGAGUCCUCUGUAUUCCAGUUUGGAUUACGUGGGAGAGCAGGUGUCGCUUCCCAAUGGUUCCAUUCCGAUUACUGAAAGACAGGGCCAUCUGGGGUGCGAUUGGCAUUGCAGUCAUGCUUAACACUGCAUGGUCCCUGCAAGGAAACUAUCUUUACACCGUGCUGGUUGUCUCAUUUGAUGAGAGUAUUCUCAGCGCAACGCGAAUCUCGUCUUUAUACAGUUUCGCCUCCGUGAUAACGGGAUGCAUACUCGGCGCAAUCGUCAUCAAGGUCCGGCGGCUGAAACCGUUCAUCGUGGCUGGGACGUGCCUGUUUACUGUAGCCUUUGGCAUAUUGUAUCGCUACCGCGGCGGGGCGAGUGGUGAUAGUUAUGCUGGGAUUGUUGCUGGAGAGGUUAUUCUGGGUAUUGCCGGUGGCAUGUUCCCCUACCCAGCACAAGCAAGUAUCCAAACUGCGACCAAGCACGAACACCUCGCAAUCAUAACCGCGCUCUUCCUCUCCUCAUACAACAUCGGUUCCGCGGUUGGUGGUUCCAUCUCCGGGGCUAUCUGGUCACAGACGCUCCCCUCCAAGCUCACCGACCGACUCAACGGGAACUCAACACUUGCAGCGGAAAUAUACGCGGAUCCGUUUACCUUCGCUCUCGGGAACCCCGUCGGAACACCAGAUCGAGACGCGGUUGUUGCCGCGUAUAUGGAUACGCAGCGUCUGCUAUGCAUUACGGGGUUGUGCUUGACGGUCCCGCUUAUUGUCUUUGCGCUGUGUAUUCGGAAUCCGAAGUUAAAUGGGAAGCAGAGUUUGGAGGAGGCGGAGAAGGUUUAG